AUGUGUCUUAUAUUCACCUGCGGCGAGCACACGUUCAAGAAGGAAAUCCAGGGCUACGAGGGCAUAACCUGCCAGUGCCACAACUGCGGCAACCACUCUGGGCACGUCAUCAAGUCGAACCCGUGGUUUACCUUCUGCUUCGUCCCCAUCCUCCCACUCUCCAUCCACGGCUACCAAGACAUCACCUGCACCGUCUGCAACUUUGCGCAACCGCUCGAGAACCGACCCGAUGUCCAGGGCAUGAAGCACGGCGGUGGCAGUAACAACGUGCCGAUGCAGAACCAUAACCCGCCACCGAAUCAGGCUGGAGCACCGCCGGCAGGCUGGGGCGGAGGGUCGCCGCCGCCGCCGCAGGGACAGGCGCCCAUGCGGUAUCAAUGA